GCCAAGAACACUCGUCGUGCAGCCAUGUUCAGAUUCAGCUUUUCAGUGCACUCCUCCAGCAGCUAAAUGAAAGCAAGAGGUUUUGGAGUAUCAGUUGAAUUACCAUUAUGAUUUCUGUUGAAAGGAGAAGCAGCAUCAACAAUCACAGUUAAAAGCAACAUAGAACAGCUUUGAUUACCUUAGCUGACCUGCUGGAGCACUGACAGGUGCAACACAUAGUCCAGUAUGGAGGGGAUCGAUGGACAUGCCGGAUCUUGGUGGUUCGUUGUACACCAGGAGGAGAAUCUGUGCCACUUAUGAAGAUCUCGAAAGAAGCAACUUCCUAAGCAGUCAUAUAAUGGCCUUUCAAGACAAACCACGAAAAGACUGGUAUAGAAUUCUUGGUGCAGAACCAUCAGAGAGCCUGACAGAACUGAAACAGAAAUAUCAAAAGCUGAUAUUAUUAUAUCAUCCAGACAAACAGAGCGCAGAUGUGCCAGCAGGAGAAGUGGAGGAGCGUGUGCAGAGGUUCAUCGAAAUUGAUCAAGCGUGGAAAAUUCUAGGGAACGAAGAGACAAAAAAAGAAUAUGACCUACAGCGCCGUGAAGAUGAUCUAAUGCAAACAUGGCCAGUGGAUGCUCAAAUUUGUCUUGACAACAUGUCCUGGAAUAAAGAUGAACAGUGUUAUACAUGCUCAUGCCGAUGUGGUGGAAAAUAUACGGUCUCCAGAAAUGAAGCUGAAGAGGUUACCUUGGUUUACUGUGACACAUGUUCAUUAAUUAUAGAGAUCCUUCGAUGAAGUAUCAAUAGUCUCACCUGCACAUGUUGGUUUCAUCCAGCUGAAUAUUGGUGGACAGUAUUUGUUAACAAAUGUGUCAGGGGAAAGGUGUGCAUUACAAAUGCUAGCAGGGCUGAAAAGGGGGGCUUAAAUCUCUUUUCAAGUUUUAACCAGAAAACCAAAGUUAUGUACAAAAAAGCUUUUUGUGCUCCAGUUUCUGUACUUGAACUAAGGAUAUUAAAUAUCGAGUAAUCAACUAGUCGAUGGAAAUUCCAUGAACUACUCGACUAGUUGAUAGGGCACUUCCACAUUCCUCCUUUGAAAUGGACAAGAGUCAGGUGACAAGUUACCUUUAUAGACACUUGAAGUAUUCUUUGGGGAAAAAAUGGUUACACUGUGAUUUGAAGAGAGUGUAGAUAAGCCUAUGUGUUAAAAUGAGGAAAGGUAAAAUUCCUAGGAAGCAACUACUGUGCAAAACAGUGGUCCUGUGCCUUCUUUGAAAAUGGUCUAAACUUUUCAAGCAGUCUUACAUUAGGCAUAUGCAACUGAAUUAAGCAGCUUAUAUGCAUAAAGAUGCUAGCUUUUUCCUACGUGUCAAGAGUUAGCAGACUCCAGUAGUGAAGAUCAGAGGCAUGUUUAAUACCCCCCAUAUUAAGAACUGUGUAUCUGCAAAUGUGCUGUUUAAAGUGUUGCUACGUACAAAGUGGUUUUGCCACCUCAAGAAUUUGCAUGGUGACGUGUCCAAGAAACAGUUUUGCAGUCGUUAUUUUGUACAAGUCAUUUGGACUUUUAACUAUAUUUGGAAUAUCUUACUAAUAGAAUCUUAGGGCUAGAUCCACAAUAAGAUUGUCACAAAGUCAAAAAUGUAGGUCCUCAAAGCCUCUGCUUAGCUGCUUCCUAAUCCUGUAUGAGGCUAAAAUCUCUAGGUGCCUAAAUUGCUGGUGGCGAAAUCCCCAAGGUGUCUGUUUCUAUGAGUGAGCACGUACAAAGCCACCAGGAUCUGAUCAGGUAGAUGUUCUCAGAGGCUGCCUAAUAACAUGCCUAUUGGAUCAGAUGCCACAUGAAACAGGGUUAGAGAGGCAGUAUCCCAAUAGCCAGUGCUUGAACUCUCACUUGGAAUGAGGGUGAGUUCAGGUCCUCGCUGUGCCUGAUCUGAAACAAGGACUUGAAUCCAGGGCUUCCACAUUCUAGUUGAGUACCCUAGUCACUAGGUUAAAGUGUUUUGUGGAGUGAGUCUCUUGAUGCUGUUCUUAGUUUCUACUCCCUGUACCAAUGACUCAGCCUCCCUGAUGAAUGUCCUAACCACUGAACUAUAAAGUCACUCUCUUUUGCUGUCCCUGUUAAUAAUGAUCACCAUUACCACUUAUUUUUUUUGUGAGAAAGGGCUGACCUGGCUUAAAGGUCUAACUCUAGGGAGAGUUUAUGGCUGUGAAUCGUUAGUGAAGAUGAGUGUCCAGCUGCUCUUGAAGGGCAGGGUAGCUCAUAUGUAUAUGUUUUGAGGAAUGUUAUUAAAAAUUACUGGAGCGGCAACAAAGUCAACAUGUUUAAAAACUUUGUGUUGGCUUUUGACUCACUCAGUAUAUUGGUCAGCAUUAUGGCUACUGCCCCACUGGGAUGGGGUACUUAAGGGAGAGAAAUUGUAACAUGGUACAUUUAACUGUGUGAGGAUCAAUGGUUGUAUUUUAGACUGAUUUUUUUCAAUAAAAUCAGGCAUACCACAGUGUGUUCGCAUCUCCGCAUUAUUAUUUAAUGUUCUAAUAGAUUAUCUGAUGAAAAAGCUGACUGAGGACAAUAUAGAAUGUGUGAAUUUUAAUGAUUAAUUUUUUGAGACUCUUAAGUGCAUGAAUGAUAUAGUCUCGCCAGGUAAAACCAUAACUGCAGAAUCUGUGAAACUUCAGAUUAAUGGUUAUAAAAUGGAAAGCCAUGCUACCUUCUGUAAAAUGGAAAUAAAUGAUCUUCUGAUGCUGCAUGUAGAUGUCAAUGGCAUUGAAUGAGUGAAUAGUUCUAUCCUAUUGGGUAGUCAGUUGACAGCAGGAAGUGCUGUUAUCCAAAGAAAUCAUAUGGUAGAUUUGUUUUGUGUUAAUGGAAUCUCACUGUCUUCAGAGCCCUUGUUUUGGGCACCAUUAGUAUGUCUGUGUUACAACUAAGACUUCAAUGCAGUAGUGAUGACAACUGUAUUGUGUGGAGGAAAAACGUGGCCAUUAAAAAUUGCGGAGAGAAUACUAAAUUGGUUUUAGUAUAAAAAAAAGGCUACAGCAUGAUGAUGCUGGCGAGUUGCAACAGUUGAGAACAAUGUAACUGCAAUGGUGGGAUCAUAUUCAAUAUAAAGGUUAACAGACCUGAAGUUGAAGAAAACCGAACAUGAAGCCAAUCAUGAAUGAAGUUGGAAGAUAUUGUUUUGAGGGAUUUAAUAAGCCUGAAUUUACCCAUCUUGACUCUUCCUGAACGAAGACUUGCAAGGGACCAUUCAAGAGGGAAUUCCAUUCUACAUGUUACCAUGGCUCCAUCACAGCCAUGUCAAUCUGCUUCUGCUUAUACCCCAUCACUCUUAGUAUUUUUUCUGCUUAACUUGGGUAGCCCCCUGACGCAACUUGUAUUAAUCUUGUUCUUAGCUGUUUAACUCUCCCCAUGCAUUAUACAGGGAGACUGAAUGCCUAAAAUCAGGUAUUGUGAUGCUGAGCCAAAAUCUCCUAUGUGAGUCUAGCCCUUAGACCAGGGGUCUCCAAACUUUUCUGCCCGAGGGCCGCAUUAACUAUCAAACAGCA